AUGUCUAUCUCCUUAUCCCCAGGACUUGCCUAUCUAUCCAGACUUACUCUCACUGUCGUAGUUCUGCCUUUCGCGGUUACUUGGAUUCUACGAAGCGUACUCGUAAAACGCGACGUCCAUAUUUCUCCAUGGUUCUUCUUGGUAGCUCCCGUGGUCCUGCAGUUGAUCGUUCGUGUUGCGCACAGCUGGUUCACAAGCUUUAUCAUUCACAGAGAAGCUGCUGCAAAGGGCGCUCUCAUGAUGCCCAGCGUUCAAGAGAGCAGAGUCUCAAUUUUGACUCGCAUUGAGGAUAGCUUCAGGAAUGGGUAUCCAGAGGAGGUUUUUCAGAAAUGGAGCGAACAGUACGGGCAUACCUUUUCAUUUGGCACAUCGUCCGAUAGACGGAUCUUUACGACUGAGCCAGAACAUAUCAAGGCUGUCCUAGCGACACAAUUCCAGAACUUUGAAAAAGGUCUGGUCAUCUUCAACGCUGCCAAAGCUCUUUCCGGUGUAGGCGUCUUCAAUUCCGAUGGUGAGUUUCAUAGGACGACCGCGAGGCCUUUCUUCAACAAGGCUCGUAUUUCUGACUUUGACAACUUCGAGAGGCACACAAUCAAUACGAUGUCACAAAUCAAGGCGAGGCUGAGGGAAGGAUAUCCUAUCAAUUUCCAGGACGCCGUCGCUCGGUUUACGAUGGACUCCUCCACUGAGUAUCUCUUUGGCAAAGACGUUGGUUCGUUGGCCGCUGGCCUUUCCUACCCUCCCGGGUCGCCGAUGGCGGGAAAUCCUCAUUUUGUUAAUCAUCCCUCUAACUCUUUCGUUGAGGCGUUUGCGAAGGCACAAGAGCAAACAAUUGUUCGACUUCAGAGGGGACCAUCCUGGCCCCUUCGUGAAUUAUGGGCAGACGGAGUUCACCCGCUGCGGCAAGUCAUGAACCAUUUUGUCCAACCCAUGCUCUCCGACGCAUUUGAUCGAAAGGCUAAAGGAGUGAAGCCUGUGGAUUUGGAAAAAGACCUCGAGAACAUGUCCUUGUUAGACCGUCUUGUUCAGGACACCGACGACCCUAAAGUCAUUCAGGACGAGCUCAUUAACAUAUUGGUAGCUGGUAGAGACACGACCUCUUCCCUGCUAACCUUCGCGGUGUAUAUGAUGUGUGAACAUCCCGAUAUGACUGCUCGGUUACGGUCCGAGAUCCUUGAGAAAGUAGGCAACGGGAAGCCCACGUACGAGGACAUCCACGAUAUGAAAUAUUUACGAGCAUUCCUCAAUGGUACAAGAACCAUUUCCUAUCCUCCUCGUCGAAAUAAUUUCUUAUGGCAUAUUUCCACCUCGAAAGUGGCGACGACUCUUCCGAACAAUGGACGAGCACCAUAUUAUAUUCCAAGUAGUACAAGAGUGGUGUAUUCUGUUUUCCUGAUGCAUCGACGUACAGAUUUAUGGGGCCCGGAUGCUCUCGAAUUUGAUCCGGAUCGAUUCCUUGAUAGCCGCGUUCAUAAGUAUUUGACUCCAAACCCAUACAUUUUCCUCCCCUUCAAUGCGGGUCCUCGAAUUUGCCUAGGUCAACAGUUUGCAUACAACGAAGCCUCGUACUACCUCAUUCGACUUCUGCAAAACUUCUCUUCGUUCAGCCUCGCCACGGAUGCCCAACCUUCUGAAGGUAUUCCCCCAAAGAGCUGGACGCCAGCGCCGGGGACGACCAAAGGCAAGGAUAAGAUUAUGUUAGGAAUACAUAUCACGCUAUUUGCCAAGGGCGGGUUGUGGGUCAAGAUGGAAGAAACGAAGGAAGAAGCGGCGGUAUGA